AUGGUUAAAGAAACAAAGCUUUACGAUUUAUUGGGUGUACAACCUUCUGCUUCAGAGCAAGAAAUAAAGAAGGCAUAUAGAAAGCUGGCCUUGAAAUAUCAUCCAGAUAAGCCUACAGGUGAUACAGAGAAGUUCAAAGAGAUUUCAGAAGCUUUUGAUAUUUUGUCCAAUGGAGACAAGAGACAGGUGUACGAUGAUUACGGGUUAGAAGCUGCAAGAGGUAAUGCACCAGCAGGAGGGAAUCCGUUUGCAGGAGCUGGUGGAGCUGGUGGAGGAGCUAGUCCAUUCGGAGGAUUCAGUUCUAGUGGAGGGUUUUCGCAGGCUGAUGCGUUCAACAUAUUCUCACAGAUGGGUGGCUUCGGAAUGGGAGGUGGUGGUGAUGAUUUUGGAUUUGGUGGAUUUGGCGGUAACAGUGGAGGAUUUGGUGGUUCUGGUGGCUUUGGUGGUAUGCCAGGAGGCUUCAGCCAGGGUCGCUCUCGCCCAGAACCGGAUACCGUCACCAUAUCAUUGCCGGUAUCAUUGGAAGAUUUGUACCACGGCGGAGUGAAGAAAAUGAAAUUGAAUAGAAAGGGUAUCAAUGGUACCAAAGAAAGCAAAGUUAUGAGUAUCAAUAUAAAACCUGGAUGGAAAGCGGGUACAAAAAUCAACUUCACCAACGAAGGUGACUACCAAAAAGAGUGCCACGCCAGACAAACCGUCCAAUUCAUACUUGAAGAGAAACCUCACCCAAUUUUCAAGAGAGAUGGUAACAACUUGAAAAUGAAUUUGCCAUUGACAUUCAAAGAAUCCUUAUGUGGUUUCUCUAAAGAGGUGAAUACCAUCGAUGGUAGAAGAAUCCCAUUGCUGAGAUCCAGUCCAAUACAGCCAAAUACUUCGACUACAUAUCCAGGUUUAGGUAUGCCAAUCAGUAAACUGCCAGGCUCUAGAGGUGAUUUAGAAAUUGUAUUUAAAGUUGAUUACCCUGUAUCCUUAACCCCUGAACAAAAACAAGUUAUAAAUCAAUAUUUCUAA